AUGGGCGCUUCCAGAAGUCUAAACUCGAAAAGUAUAGACUGUGGCCCGCCGGAGUUGUCGUCCACAACUGUUGCAGAUAAGAAUCCCAAUGACAUUCCUUCAAGAGAUAAUGUUAUGAUGAUUGAUGACAUGAUUAGCAGAUCUGAGAGGAUUCCUGCUUGGUGGCACACUGCGUUAACUGGGGAGGGGCAACGUUUUGAAAGUGCGAAGGAGUUAAGAUUGGCCUUGCUAUACUACUCCAUGGCCAAAAAAUUCGAAUAUGAGUUUGUGAAGAAUGAACCAAAGCGUAUUCGAGUUUUUUGCCGGUUUAAGGUAGCCAAAAAUUGCCCAUGGAUGUUAUUUGCCUCUCCGCCGAAAAAUGAUAAUAGACUUGAAAUAAAAAGGUUCGUGGACAUUCACAACUGUGGACAACAUGCCAAUAAUGCAGGUCAAUCUAGAGCCUCUCGUCAUUUCAUUGCUACCCAAUUACAACCCACGUUGAAGGUACGUCCGGAUAUACGACCUAUUGACGUUCAGAAGGAGUUUCUAAGUUCAUAUGGGAUUAGGGUUGAAUAUAGUAAGAUUUGGUGGGGUAAAGAAAGAGCUCAAGAGCGAUUAUAUGGUGAUGCUUAUGAGUCCUACGAUCAAUUGAGAUGGUAUGUAGACGAGGUUAAGAAGACAAAUCCGGGAAGCUACAUUCAUGUUGAACAAGACGAGGGUAGGUUUACAAGGAUAUUCAUCUGCUAUGCGGCCUGCAUAAAUGGUUUUUUACAAGGUUGCAGACCACUUAUAUUUUUGGAUGGAACCUUUCUGAAAGAUCGAUUCAAAGGUAUACUAUUAAGCGCCGUAGCAUAUGAUGGCAAUCAGGGGAUAUUUCCAUUGGCCUAUUGUAUCUGCGAUCAAGAAAAUAAUGUUAACUGGAAGUGGUUCCUACAAGGUCUGUGGUCCAUUCUCUAUGAAAGGGCAGAUCCAUACAACCCUCCACAUAAGCUAGUGAUAAUUUCAGAUGCGGAUAAAGGGAUCAGAGAAGCAGUUAGAGAAUUUUUUCCCGAUUCUAUACACUCUCGCUGUGUGCUGCAUCUGGUCGAGAACUUCAGAACAAAGUUGAAGGAUUUGGGAUUCAAGUCAAAGGAUUCUCAGAUCUUGGGUAAUCUACUGCAAUCUGCCUGUUACAAAUAUACUAGAGCAGAAUGGAAUGAUUAUAUGGACGACAUCAGACUAAUUGACGAGCGUGCAUACAAUAUUGUGAUGAACUAUGCUCCAGAAAACUGGGCCAAUGCGUUUUUUCCUGGAGUUAGAUAUGGUCACGUUACAUCAAAUGUUGCAGAGUCAUUCAACAAAUGGAUUCAUGAGGCAAGGCUUCUACGGAUACUCCAACUGAUAGAGCAUAUUCGUAAACAGAUCAUGGUGCGCAUGAAUGAGCGACGAGUCAUGGCUGAAAGUUGGAAUCAAGUUCUUUGCCCCAAAGCUGAACUUGCCCUCAAGGAGAACAUGGAUAAUGGACGCCCGUUGGAGGUUCCUUUAACAACAUGGCCUUCCUUUUUAUUCAGGUUAACUUUUUGUGUGACUCAGAUUCUCGAUGCGCCAAAUGAGGAAGAAGUUUCACUAUUGCUAGAAAUAUUCGGACUCUCUUUGACAGGAGACAAGGACAUCCACUAUGCAAUUAUGAAUAGAAUACAACAUCUGGCAAAAGCAUUCUCAAUCUACCAUGAUGAAGUUUUGGUUAAGCGAGAAGAAUUGCUUCAGUUUGCUCAAAGUGCCAUUUCAGGAGUGAAAAUGAAUGCUGAUCUAACAAGAAUAGAUGCAGAAGCCUCAAGUUUGUGUAAAAGGAUCGAUGGAAUGGAAGCAUUGUGCACUUUUUCAGAGGAGGGUCACAAACAGGCAUCUGCAAAGAUGGAUUUUACAGUUGUGGAGGGUUUGAAAGAAGCACUUGCAGAAGUUCAGUUGUGUUCCAAACUAGAAGAGCUAUUACUAAAGAAGAGGUCCAUAAGAAAUGGAGAUUCGGACCAGAUACAUUAUCAAAAGGUUGAUAAAUUAAAAGUUCUGGCAGAAUCUCUUGCUAACUCCUCUUCGAAAGCAGAAACGCGUAUUGUGGAUCACAGGAAUCAGCUAGAGGAGGCUCUCAACUUCCGUGUGGCCAAAACCCAUGAAGUCAGUGAAACUGAAAAGGCACUAAAGGCUGACAUAGCUGGACUAGAAAGGCAUCGAAACAUACUCGAAGAUGAAUUAAUGAAGGUAAAUAUCUCUCUGAAGUCUGCUACUUUACGCCUCCACAAGCACAGGGAAGAGAGGAACCAUUUUGACGAAGCAAGCAAUCAGAUCAUUGUGCACUUGAAAUCAAAGGAGAAUGAGCUCUCAAGAUCUAUUGUUUCAUUUAAAGUAGAGGCUGAUACUGUACACGAAUGGAUCCAAUUCUUGGAAGAGACAUGGGUUUACCAGUCAUCGUACACAGAACACAAAGAAAAGCAGACCAAUGCUGAGCUGGAAAAAUGCGGAGAUUGCCUUUUGAGACUGAUCAAGCAUCACCUUUUGGCAUGCAAGAAAGAACUGAGACCUUCUAUCGAUCACAUCAAAACAUUGGUCGAUAGUUUAAAUAGCUUGAGAGGAAGGUCAGAGAAUACACUGGCUGCAAAUACUGAGGCUUCAAGUAACUCGAAAUCUCAGGAAUCUCUUGAGAAAGAAUACUUGGAAUCUGAACGGAAGAUUGUUACCGCACUUAGCGUCGUUGAUCGCAUGAAAGAGUUGUUUUACACUGCACAAACUCAGGCUUCAAGGAGAGAUGAUCCUGAGAUCAAAGAAUUAUUUGACUCCAUUGAGGAGAUGAGACGAGAGUUUGGAUCUGUAGAAAGGCCAAAGUUAGAGUUGGAGAUUCCUAAAUUAGCAAGGCGCCUAUCUCGUCGGCGGUUGGCCAAGGGGUUAUCCAAUGCUUCAGAUUCACCUAAGCCAAAAAGAAGUGAAUCUCCUUUCUCAGCAAAAGCACACCAAUUGUAUCAGGGAGCCGAGCUCGCAGAAUUUGUCGAUGCAAGUGGAGAUUGGUCUAAUGAUGAAACUUUAGGUUGGGAGUUUGAUGAUAAUUGAAUAGGAAGCUCUUGAUUUAGCAGCAAAAUGAACUAAUUACAGUGGAGGAGUAUGCAUUAUUUUGGGAUUCAUUUUUCCAGAGGUUUAGAGUUGGACUGGUUGUAUAUUAUCCCUUUUGAUUUACGGAAGAUAAGUAACAUGUUUUUCUUGA